UGCCAGGCAGUGAUGUCCUCAGAAAUGGCUUCCCUUUUCAACGCCCGAGCAUGCAAGCUCUCCAAGCAAGAAGGACAAAGCUAUGGCUUCUUCCUGCGCAUCGAGAAGGACACCGACGGCCACCUGGUUCGGCUGGUGGAGAAGGACAGCCCGGCGGAGAAGGCCGGCCUCCGGGAUGGGGACAGGGUUCUGAGGAUCAACGGGGUCUUCGUCGACAAGGAGGAGCAUGUGCAGGUUGUGGAUCUGGUCAAAAAGAGUGGGAAUUCGGUGACUUUACUGGUUCUGGACGGGGAUUCCUACGAGAAAGCCAUGAAAAAACAGGUCAACUUGAAAGAGCUGGGUCAGAGUCAGGAGUUGGCUUCCAACGACAAGAAGCUGCCAGCUGUGAUGAAUGGAGGUGUGCACGCCUGGACCCAGCCCCGGCUCUGCUACCUGGUGAAGGAUGGGGCCAGCUUCGGCUUCUCUCUGAAAACUGUGCUAGGGCUAGCCGAGCGCAGCUUCUCCCUGCCUCCCGGUGAGCGCCGAAGGUUCAGGACAUUGGACAGCGGCUCGGGGAGCACGUAUGUGGGUGAGCUCAUGCUUGAAGGGAAACGAGCUACGGCAGUGAAGAAGGCAGGCAGCCGUCUCAUGUUCCUGCUGGUAGACAAGGACACGGACAAGCGCCACAGAGAGCAGCAGCUACCUUUCAACAGAGAAACAGCCAGUGUGAAACUGCUGCCGCACCAGCCCCGGGUCGUGGAGAUGAAGCAGGGCAGCAGCGGCUACGGCUUCUACCUGAAGGCCGGCCCGGAACACAAGGGUCAAAUCAUCAAGGACAUAGAUUCUGGGAGCCCAGCGGAGGCGGCAGGCCUGAAGAACAAUGACCUGGUAGUUGCUGUCAACGGCCAGUCUGUGGAGUCCCUGGACCACGACAGUGUGGUGGACCUGAUCAGGAAGGGCGGGGACCAGACAUCGCUGCUGGUGGUGGACAAGGAGGCCGAGAGCCUGUACCGACUGGCUCAUCUUUCUCCGGUCCUCUAUUACCAAAGUCAACAACUGCCCAACGGCUCUGUCAAGGAGGCUCGGGCUGCUGCCUCUGCUCCCGUGGAGGCCUCGUGUCCAGACACUACAGAGGCGGCAGGGGACCACAGGCCCAAACUCUGCAGGCUGGUCAGAGGAGAAAGCGGCUACGGCUUCCACUUAAACGCGGUGCAGGGCCAGCCGGGCUCCUUCAUCAAGGAGGUACAGAAGGACGGCCCGGCCGGCCUGGCCGGGCUGCAGGACGAGGACGUCCUGGUCGAGGUGGACGGGGUGAACGUGCAGGGCGAGGCCUACGAGAAGGUGGUGGAGAGAAUCCAGAGCUGCGGGAAGGAAGUCACACUCCUCGUCUGCGGGCAGAAGGCCUACGCGCACUUCCAGGCGAAGGGAAUCCCCAUCGUGUCCGCCAUGGCCGACCCGCUGGACGCCGGCCCGGGCCCCGAGGCGGCCCCGGAGCAGGUGGAGGGCGACGCGCCCGCGCCCAGGGAACGGGCCCAUAGCUCAGCCUCGUGCGCUUCCUCCAGCUCUGAAGACACAGAGAUGUGAGCAUGAAGAGAGGCUGCGCUGCUGCCACUCUGGGCACCGACGGGAAGCCGCCAGCCGCUCACUAGCUGUUAGAGAAGCGCUCAACGCCAGCCCUGGCUCGCCGCCUCCGCCCGCCCGGCGUCCCGCUGAGGAGAGUUACGGCGGGAGUGAUUCUUCCGUGACCCUUCCACGCUUCCACUCAACUGCCGCUGCGUGAUGGGGCCUCUUACUUCGACGGGCUGCCUGAGGCCGGAGAUGAUGCAUAAACCUGUACCCUGUGAGAGCUGCUAAUUAAAACACCUGAGCAGAUAGUAAAUUGAUGCUUUUGUAAGAAUGUGGUCGCUAAAAUAAAUACUAGCAAAAGUCUCCUGAGUAUGUGUGCACCUUCGCUGUCAGGGGCUGUGACCU